UCUUGCUGCCUGCCGUUUCAACUACGUCUUGCUCCUGAGGCAUCACUUGGCGCCCUUUGUCUUUCUAAGGCUGCUGAAUUGAAGACCAUACAUUAAAAAAAGAAGUCCUCUUUGAGUUUUUGUUGUCGGGAUACCGUCGCAGGUAAACAAAACUCGUCGCUAUAUGGCAUCCUGUUCAGCAUGAAGUCAGAUUCGAAAGAGCCAAAUGGGGUCAUGAGCCCCGGCGGCUUCAGCGAAAAGCCGCCUAUAAGCGAAGAAGAAAAGGCGAGACGCGACGCCAAAGUCCGUCCGGAGAGGGAGGCCGCUUUUGGUGACUAUAUCAGAGUCUUUAAAUAUGCUAAGCCGUGGGACUUCGUUCUUCUCGUGGCCGCGGUCCUGGCAGCCGCCGGUUCGGGUGUCACUCUUCCGUUGAUGAAUGUUGUAUUCGGCGCAUUGGUCGGCAACUUCAGUGGCUACUUUCUUCCCGUCUCUUCUCUAUCCGAAGCCGAAUUUCGGGCAUCUCUUAAUAAAAAUGCAUUAUACGUAUUCUACCUGUUUAUCGGGAGAUUCGUCUUGACUUACAUUAAUAAGUUUUGUUAUCGUUUAAUUGGUAUUCGGAUGUCCGCUGGAAUCAGACUUGACUACCUCCGCUGCCUGUUUGGCCAAACGAUUCAUGUUCUUGACUCGAUGCCCCCUGGUGCGGCCGCAGGGACGAUUACAACCACGGCGAACACGCUGCAAUUGGGUAUUUCAGAGAAGCUCGGUACCUUUGUCGAAUUUGUCGUGAUGAUAAUUGCUGCUACCGUCAUCGCUUUCGUGUACAAUUGGGCCCUGGCUCUAGUUACGUGUUCCGUCAUCCUCUUCAUUAUGCUUACCGUGGGCAUCAUAAUCCCAUUUUACGUCAAAGGAACGAGCAGGGUUACCAAGGCCGAAACUAAAUCGUCCUCUAUCGCUAGCGAAGCUUUCUCGGCUAUCCGUAUGGUCGUCGCAUGCGGUGCUGAGUCUCAAGUUGCUAAGAAAUUCUCCAUCUGGGCCGAAGCGGCGAAGAAACAUGGGCAGAGGACGACGCCCCUUCUGGCCGCGCAAUUUUCCCUGAUCUUCUUCGCGUUCAAUGCUGCUUUUGGUCUUGCGUUUUGGUACGGGUCUAAAUCGUAUGUUGAAGGUCGGCUUCAUGAUGUGGGGACUAUCAUCGUCGUGCUUAUGUCGGUCAUGAUGAUGGUUAUUUCUAUCGAACGUAUCUCGACGCCGCUCAUCGCAAUCGGCAAGGCUACGGUGGCUGCCUGCGAGUUCUUCACAGUUAUCGAUGCCCCUCGACCGAAUAUUGGCAAGCUUACCGAGCCGGAUGUUUCUGCGACCGACGACAUUGUAUUUAAGGGGGUGGAUUUCGCAUACCCGAGUCGGCCACAUGUUCGAGUUCUGGAUCAACUCAACCUUAGGAUCGAGGCUGGGAAAAUCACGGCUAUUGUUGGACCUUCGGGAUCAGGUAAGAGUACAAUAAUCGGACUAAUAGAACGAUGGUACACUCUACGCGACCAAUACAUCAUCGCAAAGGCUAUCGAGAAAGAUGAGAAAAAGAAGCAAGAGGCGAAGAAGAAGAAUAAAGGCAAAAAGAAGAAGAAGAGCGAUGACUCAGAUGAUGAAGCCCCCGCCGAAGUUGAAACUGGUCCGAUUGUAAAGUUAAGGGGAUCGAUAUCGACGAGUGGCCACGAGCUAGACGAGAUCCAUUUGAGAUGGUGGAGGUCUCAGAUCGGGCUCGUACAACAAGAGCCUUUUCUAUUCAAUGAUACCAUCUACAAUAACGUCGCACAUGGGUUGAUAGGAUCUGAAUUCGAACACGAGUCGGAAGAACGCAAAAAAGAGCUAGUGAGAGAGGCUUGUAAAGAGGCGUUCGCCGACGAAUUCAUCGAUCGACUCCCGGACCGUUACGAAACUCUUGUCGGCGAAAACGGCACAAAACUUUCUGGAGGACAACGUCAACGAAUUUGUAUUGCUCGAGCGGUCAUCAAGAGGCCGAAGAUUCUUAUCCUCGACGAGGCUACAUCCGCGAUCGAUGUCCGAGGCGAACGUAUUGUUCAAGCAGCUCUUGAUAAGGUGUCCCAGGGCCGAACGACGAUUACUAUCGCCCAUCGACUCUCGACCAUUAAGAAAGCAGAUACUAUCGUGGUCCUACAAAGAGGCAAGGUCGUUGAGAAGGGCACCCAUGAAUCCCUCCUGGAGGAUGAUAUGGGAGUCUACUAUGGUCUCGUCCACGCACAACAGCUUUCGCUCGGUGAGCCCACGGAAGCUGGCGACUCUGAUGAGCCGGAAGAAGAGGACAUGGCAGCGAUUCUUACUCGCGAGAAGAGCGUUGCCUACUCUGAUACCGUGGCUAACGCGCCAGGGCCGCCGGGCUAUAAGAAGCAGGGGCUCUUUGGAAGUUUCGGACGGCUGCUGUACGAGCAACGGUCUCGCUUCCCAUUCUAUGCAGUUACGAUUUUGGCUGCUAUGUGUACGGCCGCUUCAACCCCAAUGCAAGCGUACCUCUUCGGACAGAUCAUUGUCAUCUUCACCUAUGUCGACGACUUACCUAAAUUCACAUCCGAAGCUAAUUUCUGGUCCUUGAUGUGGGUGGUACUCGCCAUAGCUACAGGUCUUGCUUAUUUCGUCCUCGGGUACGUCGCGAGCAACUUGGCUUUCUAUAUCUCCAAUAUAUACCGACAGCAAUAUUUUGAGGGUAUCAUCUACCAGAAAACUUCAUUCUUUGAUGAGGAGCAGAACUCAACCGGUUCGCUGACAGCGCGUGUCGGGGGUGAUCCGAAACAAUUGGAGGAACUCCUGGGCUUAAACAUGGCUAUGGUGUAUAACUCGUUCUUCACCCUCAUCGGGUCUUUAGCUAUAUCAUUCGCCUUCGGCUGGAAGCUCGCCCUCGUCGCCACAUGUGUGACGAUGCCGAUCGGACUCAUUGCCGGCUAUUUUCGGUUCAAGUACGAAUUGGAGUUCGAGCAGAUGUACGCUGAAGUUUUCGCCGAGUCGUCGAAAUUCGCCGCCGAAGCCAUCGCCGCCUUCCGCACCGUCUCUUCGCUCACCCUCGAGGACACGAUCUGCACCCGAUACGACGGCCUGCUCAACCACCACGUUUCGCAUGCCUAUAAGAAGUCGAUAUGGAGAACGCUGGUGUUCGCUUUCUCGGACAGCGUUAGUAUGGCCUGUCAGGCUCUCAUAUUAUGGUACGGAGGCACGCUGCUGGCCUCGCGGGAGUACAACGUCCUGCAGUUCCUGGUCUGCUAUAUGGCUGUAAUCAACGGCGCCGAAGCCGCUGGCCAAGGCUUUAGCUUCGGCCCCAACGCAGCGCAAGCCUCCGCCGCCGCAAACCGCAUCCUCAGCAUCCGCGAAUCGCGAACGCGGGACCUUGGGGAAAAGAAAGCGCAGAUCGCCGACACGCGCGGGGGUAUCAAGAUCGAGCUACGGGACGUGCACUUCAAGUACCCAUCGCGCAACGUAUCGAUCUUCAAAGGCCUAAACCUCACUAUCGAAAAAGGCCAAUUCGCCGCCCUCGUCGGCGCAUCCGGGUGCGGUAAGACGAGCAUUAUUUCUUUAUUAGAGAGGUUCUACGACGUCCACCGCGGGCAGAUCCUCGCGAACGGCACGGAUAUCACCGGCGUCAAUGUGUACGAUUAUCGCCGCCACUUAUCCCUCGUCGCGCAGGAACCGACUCUUUUCCAGGGCACGCUUCGGGAUAAUGUUCUGUUGGGCGUGGACCCAAAUGUGGUUACCGACGCGGAGUUACAUGCUGCGUGUCGCGAUGCGAGUAUUCACGACUUCAUCGUGUCUCUGCCCGAUGGGUAUAAUACCGAGAUUGGCAGUCGCGGGGUUUCGCUUUCGGGCGGACAGAAGCAACGGAUUGCUAUUGCUCGCGCGCUUAUUCGACACCCGGAUGUACUGCUGCUUGAUGAGGCGACGAGUAGUCUUGACUCUGAGAGCGAGAAGCUGGUUCAAAGCGCUUUUGAACGUGCGGCUGCGGGACGCACGAUGGUUGUUGUGGCGCAUAGGCUGGCGACAGUGCAGAAUGCUGAUAUUAUCUUCGUGUUGGGUGAGGGUAAGGUGUUGGAGAAGGGGAGCCAUGUUGAGCUACUGAGGAAGAAGGGCGUUUAUUGGCAUAUGUGCCAGAGCCAGGCUCUUGAUCGAUAAUAUCUAUCAUGUUGAAAGGAUAUGAAUGUGUUGGAUGCGUAAUGGAUAUAGUUAGAGGAUAUAUAUGGGAGGAAUGCAUGUUAGAGAUAUAGACGA